GAGCCGUCGGAUCCUCCAUCCAAAACUCUCAUAAGAGCAACCCUUUCCUCUCCCCGCGUGGCGGAUCGAAGGUAUCCCCCUAGAAACCCUAACCCUAGCGAGCUCCAGCCAUGGCUAUCUGCGACUUCACCUCCCGGAUCGCCCCUCACCUCGACCGCCACCUCGUCUUCCCACUCCUGGAGUUCCUCCAAGAGCGCGAGCUCUACGCCGAUGACGAGAUCCUCAAGGCGAAAAUCGAGCUCCUCAGCCAGACCAACAUGGUCGACUACGCCAUGGACAUCCACAAGACCCUGUACCACACGGAGCAGGUUCCUCAAGAGAUGGUUGAUAGGAGAGUCGAGGUCGUCGCGAGGUUGAAGUCUCUCGAGGAGUCGGCGGCGCCGCUGAUGUCUUUUCUUCAGAACGCUACUUUGGUUCAGGAGCUGAGACCGGAUAAACAAUACAAUAUCCAGAUGCUCAAUGAUCGGUUUCAGAUUGGUGUGGAUCAGAUUGAGGCUUUAUAUCAAUAUGCUAAGUUUCAGUUUGAGUGUGGGAACUACUCUCGUGCUGCUGACUACUUGUAUCAAUAUCGUGCUUUGUGCACUAACAGUGACAGAAGUUUGAGUGCUUUGUGGGGCAAGCUAGCGGCAGAGAUUCUGAUGCAGAAUUGGGAUAUUGCACUGGAGGAACUUAAUCGACUCAAGGAGAUCAUAGAUUCAAAGAAUUUUGCUUCACCUUUAAAUCAGCUGCAAAAUAGGAUAUGGCUGAUGCACUGGAGCCUUUUCAUCUUCUUUAACCAUGAAAACGGGAGAAACGGCAUCAUUGAUCUUUUCUUCCAAGAUAGGUACUUGAAUGCUAUUCAAACAAAUGCACAUCACCUUCUACGUUAUAUUGCUACUGCAGUCAUUAUCAACAAAAGGAGAAGAAAUAUGCUAAAGGAGUUGAUCAAAGUUAUCCAACAGGAGCAGCACUAUUACAGGGAUCCCAUUACUGAAUUCUUGGAAUGCUUAUAUGUUAAUUAUGACUUUGAAAGUGCUCAGAAAAAGCUUAGGGAGUGUGAGCAAGUAAUACUGAAUGAUCCCUUUCUUGGGAAACGCAUUGAAGAUGGUGACUUUACUACUGUACCUUUGAGGGAUGAGUUUCUUGAAAAUGCCCGCCUCUUCAUCUUUGAGACUUAUUGCCGUAUACAUCAGUGCAUUGACAUCAGCAUGCUUGCUGAAAAGUUGAACAUGAGUUAUGAUGAGGCAGAGCUGUGGAUAAUGAAUCUCGUUCGAAACUCAAAGCUCGAGGCUAAGAUUAAUUCUGCAUCAGGGACAGUUAUCAUGGGAACCAGUUAUCUGAAUGUAUAUGAACAGAUCAUUGAAAACAUGAAGAACCUUAAUAUGCGGACAUAUGUUUUGGCAAAGAACAUUUUAGAACCUGCACAAGCUGCUCGGUAGAAGAAUCUUACCACAUAUAGGAGAAAGACCCAGGCAGUUUCUGGCGCGGCAUUCAGAUUGGAAUUCAAAAUUUUGUGAUUUUGUUGAAGAGCUAAAGCUUUCUAUUUCACAAGAAGAUUUUCGACCUUGUUGGGGCAUUUCGGUAUAUUGAGAUUGUAUCUGUGCCCGCAUGGCUUAAUGUUCUUUUUUUUUUUUUUUUCCCAUCCAAAUUGUAUGGGCAUCAAUUUUGAUCAAUUAACUAAAACAUGUACUUAAUCAUUUCUAGUCCCUCCUUUCAUUAUUCCUGAAGUAGAUGUUUGAACAGGAGGUGGCAGAUAAAAUAGCAGAAGUCAUCAUAUUGAUUAAAAUGGAUGCGGGAAGAAUUGUGUUUAUUUAACAAGCGAUUGUGGUGUGCGAGUGGAAAGCAUAAGCAUAUCUGAACGUGGCUGUUGUUAUGGGUCCGUAAAAAAUUAUCUUGCUUCUCUCACCAUGCAGCUGCAGCCGUAAGACUUCGUAGGGACAUGUUGGAAUAGCCUGGCUCUCAACAUUAUGUCGCACUGUUUGCAGGGGUUGAUCAACAUUUCAGCAGCCGAAUAUUUUCUAUAAUUGACCCUGUUAUCCUGUCUGAUGGCCGGUCAGGGAAUUGGCGUGGACAGAAAGGGAAAACCUUACUGAAGUCCUACUACAAGAUGAUGAAAAUGAUAUUCUGAGGUCUAAGAAAGAAGCUGCAAAUUUCUUAGCCGGAGCAGGGACUUACAACCACAACAUAUUUGGAACCAUCACGAGUUAUCAGGGUUAAUUAUGCUUGAUCAAUUGCAGCUCAUCAGACAAGACAGCUGUAAAAACUGACUAUAGUUGCUGCUUUUGUAUUGAGUGCUCGGGACAGGGCAGUGUGACGCAUCUUUGGAAUUAGAUGGAACUAGCAAUACCGAACCAGUAUGUGGUACAGUACUGAAUCAUUCUGAUGCUCGAUACAAUAAAUUUUACAGUACUAUUUAUCGAUAACUGAUGAUCGAUGCAAUAAAUUUUGUAGAACUAAAUUUUGUAGAACUAUGUAUCAAUAAUGUACUAUGUAUUGAUAAUGUAAUAGAAUGAUACUAAUAUAGGAUUUGAUAUCAAAAUGAUGAACCA